CCAAAACAUAUUCCUGGAUUUGUACCUCGACACCUGUAUAUCCAGCAUCUAGGCAGCUGUUGAAGCAUAUCUCUAUUUUAGUCAACGAAAAUGCCCGCCCCAUCGCCCCUCACCAUCGCGACCCAGUCCGUCCAGCGACUCGUCAAGGAAGAGAAGUACUACCGGAAGGAGCUCACGCAGCAGACGGAGCGCGUCAAGAAGCUCGAGGCGGAGCUCAAAGCCGCCGGGGAAGACGCGGACGGGAACUCCGGGUUCGUCUUGAAGCAGGAGCAAAAAGCCGUAGACGAGACCCGCGCCGUCUUCGAGCCCCUAAACCAGCGCAUCGAAGAAGCCGUCCAGCGGCUCGAGGAGCAGAUCGCGACGGCCGAGGGCGAGGACGCGCCCGCCGAGGAAAUUGCCAAGGCGAAGGAAGCUCUGGAGCUGGCCAAGUCGGUGGAGGAGCCGCCUGUGGCGUGAAGAGAGGAAUAUACUGUGUUUGAGAUGACCGAUGACCGAUGACCGAUGACCGAUGA